CUCUGAGACAGGGGCCCUAGGGUCAGCUCUGCAACUGCCCGGAUGCCCAGCUCUUCUCUCUGGGGUCCCUCCCCUCCUCCUCUCUGGGUACUGGGGCGGGGCCACCAGCUGGCUUUGGGCCCCGCCCCCGGCUCCCAUCCAAUCACAAUCCUUUCUUACGGGGGCUGGGCCGAAGGGCUGCGCUUCCAAGCUGCUAGCUCCAGCACUAGGCUCCCAGCAGGGGAUGAUGCGGGGAUGAUGCGCAGAUACUGCUCCUGUCACCACCGCCAGCCACUGCCCCGACCUUCUGCCGUGCUGGGGCUGUUGCUGCUGUUGCUACCACUCGCAGCUGCACCAGGCACAGGGGGCUGUGACACCAUAUACCAGGGCUUCGCCGAGUGUCUCAUCCGCUUGGGGGACAGCAUGGGCCUUGGAGGCGAGCUGGAAACUGUCUGCAGGUCUUGGAAUGACUUCCACAUCUGUGCCUCCCGAGUCCUUUUGCGUUGCCCAGAAGAGGCUGCCGCUGUGUGGGAGUCACUACAGCAAGAAGCUCGCCGGGCUCCACACCCAGAUAACUUGCAUGCUCUGUGCAGCACCCCUGUGAGUGUUAGGGAGCAUGGCACAGGCCCUGAGACCAACCAGGAGACGCUGCAGGCAAGAGCAGCUGCACCCACCCCAGCCCCGACACCCCCACUGCUGGCGGCUGCUCUGGCGUUCGCCUGCCUCCUAGGCCCUCUGGCCUAGCCAGUCUGGUGAAAUAGCAGCACCUGCCUCCUACCCUGCUCUGGUGGCUGCUGUCGGAGCUCUGCAGAGUGCCCUUGGCUUUCAUUAAAGGUAUUUAUAUUUGUACUAAGCUCCUUCCUUUCUUCUGGCCUGAGCGCUGCUUGGCUGGGGCAGAACCUCCAGAAGCUAAUCCCCAUGACUGGAAGGGCGGGGCUGUGGCCACCACAGGGGACUCCGUCUCUCUACUUACAGACACUCAUUUCCAAGCGCUGGCUGUGCAGAGUUUUCCAUUGUGUGUAGGUUCCAGGAGCUCUGGUGGAUGCACAGCCUUCCUCUGCUCCCCUCCCCCGGGGCUGACAUUUCUACCCCUGCCUGCUCCUCCUAUUCUGACCCCUGUGGGCCCUGUGAGGGGGAGAAGUGUACCGCCCCCUCACCCCUCAAGCCAGUUCACCCCCAUCCCCAUGUUCGUUCCAGCCUCCACGUUCCUGCCAGCUCUGCUAACUACCACCUUAGCCUGCAAAACAGAUUAAGCGCUCUGUCCUCUCCCUUUCUGGGGUCCUGGUCUACCUGAGGGGAGCCUCUUCCAGAAGGUGGAGAAUCCCUGUUGGGGUCUAUAUUCAAGUCCCUGAGGUCACCUGCAGCUGCAAUCCCAGAAGACUUGCUGGAAGCAUGGAAUGAGGGUGUGGUGUGUAAGGAGACCCUGUUCAUCCUGGUGGAGAAAAGCAAGAAUCUGUGUGGCAGAACCCUGAGGGAAGGAGUCCUCAGAGAGGGUGAGACCCUCUCUCAAUCGGUCUUCUGCCUCCGCCUCUAGGACCUUACUCCAAGCCACCACCCCAUGACUUGGGUGGUGCUCUGCUCUCACUCCCUCUGCUUUACUCUAUGGGGCAGCAUAAGCCAGCUCCGCCCAUAGUUGAUUCAGUCCCCUCCUGAGACUCCCCUCUGUCUGAGCUUGGAGCAGGAUGGACAUACAAGUCCUUGGCAUCAGGAGAGGCUUUGGGGAAGGCAUGUGACAGGGGUGAUAGAGGAGGUCGGUCUGUGAGACUUGCAGGUAGUGGAAGAGAGAUGGGGCUGAGUUGGAGAGGGCUUUACAAGAGAAGCCCAAGGAAAUCAGUGUAGGAAUCUAGAGUUUGGCAGACUAGAUUUACACUAAAGCCCAUGCUGGGGGGCAGGUGCCUUAAGUGACCUUUGUUUGGUAGGUGACAGGUGCCUCCAGAGACUUUCAUCCUCGUGUAUAGAAGCCCUACUUUAUCCAUUCUUCCCAAGCCCCUUCCCAUUCCAGUUAGCUCAGAUACUCAAUCAGCUCUCUCUGCCUUACCUUUGCUCCUCUGCCUCAUUCACCUGUACCUUUAUCUUCACUUCUAUCUCCCAACCAGUUAGUUAUCCAUCUCACAUCACCUGAAGGAGAAAGUUCAGAAGAAAAUCCCUCUCACGUCUGCUCCACUUUGACCACCAGAAUUUUCCAGAAGGAAAGACCAGGCUUUUAUCUCCUUGGUUCUUUGUAUAUUUAUUAUCUGUACUCAGAAUGCCCUUCCCCAUAUCCUCCUGGUGAACUCCUGUUCUUGUUCAGUAUCACCUUCCUAAUCCUGACUUUGAACCUGAAUCAGAAGCUUCCUACAGGUCCAUACAGCUCCCCGGUUGUCUUCUGUCUCAGUACUGAUAACACAGGCUUGUUACUGUCUGGGUCCGGGUCAGAAUUCUGCACUGUGGACUCCGCAAUGCCCCUCUGUAUGUCUCUAGCACCCAACUUAGGGGUUGGGUAUAAAGAGUACCCUUGCAGAAGUGUGUGGAAUCAAAGACAAUCUCUUAAGCCCAGCAUAGGAAGUGUUAGAAUUAGUAAGAGAUCAGACUGGAGCAUCAGUCCUCAGCAUGGAGGAUGUGUCAUUUGGGGCAGCCCCCUUACCUGGCCUGGGCAUAUUUUGGGAAGGAUGAUGCUGGGAAUCCAGACCCUGAAAGUCUUCUCAGAGCCACUCUUGGUGGGUGGCCAGGAGCAGCCUGCUUCCAGGAGCAGAGGCCCAACUGUUUUGACCAGCCUUCAGGGGGAUUACCAUAUUCCUGCUGUGACCUACUUUACCCUGGUUUUUGCACCCUAAGUCCCUGCUCUUCCCUGGAAUCUAGUGACUUGUAAUGUGUGCAUGGGGGUGGGGACAGAUCUGCUUUCUGGCCAGGGGCUUAAGAGCUUUGUAUGUUUUAUCCCAGAGCUGGAGGAGAGGGGUGGGCUGAUUGCCAGACUGGGCCCUGGACACAUCUGCCCAGGCCAGAGCGUAAUGGUGAUGGUGUGUCUCACAUUUACAUCUCUGUAGACAUGGAAUACCUUAUUGCUUAGGGGACAGCCUGGGGGCCAUAUGUCCUGAACUCAGUCCCUCUGUAUCAACCUACCUCUUCAUCUCAGGGCCUUGUGUUUUUUUACCAGAACCCAGACCAGCAGCUGCCAGUAGCUGGACUUAAUAGAUACUUGUUGGAUUAAUUUGCUGAGUGUCUGUAAAAUUGGGGUGUUGUGUGGAUUUCUAAGCCCCACCAACCCUAGAAUUCCAUACUGCUUUUAUCCUUCACAACAACUCUGUGGGGUCAGGAUUAGACUCCCAUAAAACAUAAGAAAAAUGAGGCUUAAGGAGGGGAGAUGUCUUGCCUAAGGUUACACAGCUGUGAAAGUGUCAGAACUUGGGAUAUGAUCCCAGGUUUGUUUGACCCCAAAGUUCAUGCCCUUAAUCAUCACACUAGACUUUUGGAAGUGAUUUUUUUUUUUUUUUUUGGAGGUGGGG